CCUCAAUAGUCCCAAGAGAAGUGACGACAGCCAUGGCCUUUCAGCAAUGUGCAGAGAGAUUGCAGCGAUCUUAGUCUUUGUGUCCUCCGUGCGGACACUCACGCGUGCCGAUUCCGCCACUUGCAGUGGCCAUGGCUGCACGGCGAACUGGUGGGAGUCUGGGGAGUCGCACUUCAGGAGCCCCAAUGUCAUCCAGAUCGGCACUCUGAACUUCAAUGAAACUCUCAGGGAGCUUCGAAACCACUCCUUGUUCAUCGCUUUUUAUGACCCACGGUCACAGUCCUUUCGCGAGCUACAGCCAGCCAUUGAGCAGACUGCGGAUGCCUUGGCGAAAAAUCCUACACCUCUUGGCUACUUUGGAGCUGUGGACAUCACAGUUCAUAGCUAUUUGACGUUCCGUGAGGCUCCGGAGGUCCAAUUGGCAUGGCAGGAGCCGAACCCCUCGAAAAAGUCCUUCCGAUUUGGACGCCCCCGCUUUUAUCCAUUGAUUAUUUUGCACUACAAGGAUGGAUUUUGCCAGCAGGAGUACAAGGGUGUUGUGAAGAAGAAACACCUACUGAAUUUCCUACAGCGUGACUUAAUUCCUAAAGGAGAAAUGCAGAAUAGCUCGGAAGAUCUCGAGUUUCUCUUCACACAAUUCCCAGGGCCAUUUAUUUUGGGUUGUGGUCUUGAAGAAGGCACUGUAGAUGAGGCCAACCUGACCGCAGCAUUCCAAGCUGCAGCACGUCAUCUCGGUGGAGAGAUGAUCUUCGCACAAGCCAGACAGAGCCUUUGUUCUGGAUUGGUGCAUGGUGCUGUACAUCCCAGUGUGCUGUACAUCCGUAAUUCCGCAGCAAAGGCUCUUCCUGGACCGAUCUCUGCAAAUGUCGAAUCAUCCAUGAAGGUUCUCUGCAAUGAAGACAAGCUGAUUGACUGGCUUCGUCUGCAGAGGCCAGUUGUGUUGAAGGAGAUCACCCCAGACAAUAGCUGGAUCUUCCUAGAACAACCCGCUUCCUUAGUAAUCUUUCUGGCAACCAGCAAGGAUUCGGUCAAAGAAGGCAAGGCGCUCUUCGCUGAGAUUGAAGCUGAACUGGACAUCAAGUACUUUCAACUCACCUGGGCUGAUUGCCACGAAUUCCAGGCGCAGUUCUCGGUGGACUGUCCUGCCGUGGUGGUCGUUGACACGGAGUCCAUGAACACCUCGGACCUGGCGCUGGAGACGAUCCUUCGUGAAGGACCGAGCGCCGCGAGCCGCGCGCUGCACGCACGGCUUCUCGACGCCACGGCGGCCGUGCGCCGGCGCGUGGACCAGGCGGCGGAAGCGGCGGCGGCCGGUCACCGCUCCGGUGAAGCCGAGAGACUCCAGGGGAAGGAGUUUGAGGAGAUUGCAUGGCAGGAAGCUUGGCCUUUGCAGGUCUUGGAAGUUCUUAAGAAUGAAAAGGUGAAGGUCACGGAUGAAGGUUUGCGCUACAAGGUGGUGGAUGUGGAUGGGCAAACGAUUCGUUUUCGGGAGUCGGAGACCAAAGAGAUCUUGCAAGAUCCAGAUCGCUUUCCCUUGAGGAUCUACUUUAAUCCAGACAUUGGAGCAGCAGACAUCGACGAGACUGAAGCUGAUUCGUCCGAGAACUUCUUGGGAGACUGGGCCAUCAUCACUGAGAACACCUCAGCUUUGACGACUUAUAGGAUCUACCUCGCCUGUUUGCAGCACAUGGUGAUCUUGCGCCAGAGUUUUCAGCAGGCAUGGGGCCAGCGAUUGUUUUUUGACUUCUCGGCCAUUGACAGAUCACAGAAGGUUCACAGGCACAUGAAGCUUUUGGUAUCCAGCAUUGAUGAUGUUGAGGAGAUGCUCAGCAACAAAUCAUAUCGCCUCUCUGUUUGGAGAGAGAUGGAAGAGCGCCUGAGCUUUCUGCAGGCUCUUGAAGACACUGAAAAGCCGUCAAGGGAGGAGAAGUUCAAGAAAAUGCUCACAGGUGGCCUGGACUUACUUGGUGCUUUGUUCAGGAGGUUUUUCCUCAUGCUUCACGACCAAGCUCAAGCUGGUCUGGGAGAGCUACCUUCAGCUCGCCAAGUCCCGCGACGAUCUGCUGCAGAGCUCUCGGUGAGGGAGUUCAUCGAAGACUAUGCGAAGAAAGGAUUGCCUGUGAUUAUUACAGGCAUCAACAUCACAGGGGGUGCUCCAUGGACUUUGAAAUUCUUCAAAGAUCGCUGCAACGUCUCUGUGCCCCUCAAGAGGAGAAAUCCGAAGUCUGAUGACUGGGGAAGGCUACAAGAUGCCGGACGGCUUCCAUUGGGCGAAUUCAUCGACAGCUUCGCCUCGAACAGAACUCGCCGCAAGUGGUACCUCCAUGACUGGAGCUUGCCCCGUAACUGUCCACAGGUCUUUGGUCCUGCACCCUUCAGUGGAUUCACAGUGCCCAAAUACUUUGUAGGCGACUAUUUUCAGCGAGCUGCUUUUGAAGGAUAUCAGCACUCCUGGCCAAGCUUGUUUAUUGGCUCCAGUGAGACACAGAGCUCCCUUCAUAUUGAUUCAGGCAAUACGAAUUUCAUGCUUCACCUCCUGAGUGGACGAAAGGAGUGGCGCUUCUAUUCCGCCCAGGACCUGGUGAACCUCUAUGCCAGCCCCGUGGGUGCUCACUUCCACUACGAUGUCUUCCGACCUGAUCAUAAGAAGUUUCCCUUGGCUUCCUAUGCAAAGCAGUUUGUGGGGAUCCAAGAGCCUGGAGAGACAAUCUUCAUUCCAGCGGGAAAUCCUCAUGCAGUGAGAAAUCUGGAGCCCAUUCAUGGGAUUAGUAUGAAUUAUGUGGAUGUGAGCAAUGUGAAACUCAGUAUUUUGGAGAGAAUAUGGGAGCUUGAAGCCCCGGAUGUUGAGCUUUACACGGAUGGGAUCAGCACGCCCCAUGGCAUGGUCUCGGAUCAGGAAGCCAUGCUUUUUGGCGAGUGGAAGGCUCAGGACUGGAAGAGGACAAAGUAUGACCUCUUCUGACAGCUGCUUCACAAACCGGAGCUGAUCUUGUUCUUGAUGUACAUAGACAAAACAGCCGUUUUCCGGUGUGCGAGGUGAGACGAAGCCAAGGGGGGCGGUCGUAUUAUUUCGUCCCUUGCUGAACUGACAAAGGAGUGUGUUCCAGG